AAUAGUUUACAAAAUUUAGCUUGCAAGGAUAUCUGAAACCUUAAUGACUUAAGCUUAAUUCAUCUAAAUAUUAUUUAGGUACACCUCUACGAUAGGCGGAAACAUGGGCCACACUUAAAAGGAAAAAUAUUCAUUUUUUGGUUGACUUCACAUUUAUGUCAAGCCAAUGUUCUCAGUUGACAAAACGAAACUAUUGUUUAGAUUUUAGUUUCGCUUUUUAAUUUUCCACUUUGAUAAAUCAACAAAACAAUAGACUUUGUUUGAAUUAGUCUUAAGCACCUCAUUAAAACAUAUUUUAACAUAUACUUUUAAUUAAACUCAGCGCCUAAUCAACUACCAUCUGACCACCGGCAUAUUAUAUCCUGUGGGCGGUGCUCUCUGAUCCUUGACGGUACUACCUACAUUGCAUUCCGAAGCCAAGGAAGAUUAAUUCCAAAGGUCUUGUACAUUUGUUUGUUUUGGUGAGGCUCUUGACAAGUGGCUUCAAGUAUAAUGACGCCAAAGCAGAAAAGAUUUGAGAACCACUGCUAUAAAAAAAAUUAACUUGAUAUUUUUUUUUGUUUGGCGUAGCAUGAAGUUUGGCCCAAGCACAAGCAAUAACUCCAGCCUUUACGUGAGACUCAAGUUUGUAUGUACAAACGUAUCCAUAUGAAAAGAUGUUUUUACUCUGAACUAAUAAAAAGACUAGAACGUAUAUUCAAUGAGUGUCUGUAUGUGAGCACUUGUUCAAUCUCCUCAACACAAGCUUCUGGGAAUGUUAAACAACGAGUUAGGUUUCUUGUGGAAGAUUUGUUUGGUGAUGACGUCUAUUGCAAUCAACUCUAGAGGCAUCGCGUUUAACUUAACCACAUUGUCAGGCAAAGAAAGUGCUGAGUUGAACUGCUGCUCGGUAUACAGUGUGGAUGAUGUACUAGUAGCCAAUUGCUCUAAUCUGAACUGGAUAUUUGUGGACCUUCGAUGUGUGCCAGUGACUACAGAAGUGUUGUUGCUGGACAGAAAUAAUCUGACUACCUUGACCAAUGGCUCUUUUCAAACACUCACAUCUCUCCUGCAACUUAGUAUUCAGUCCUCGAAUGUUCAUCGGAUUGAGAUCGAUACUUUUCUAGGUCUCAGCCAACUACAAAACUUGAGCUUAGAAAAUAAUCAACUCAGAGAUGAAGUCAUUUCAUUUAAUCCGCAAGCAUUUAGACAUCUUACAAAUCUGAAACAACUAUUCAUUGGAAAGAAUCAGAACCUCUCUGAAAAAUUGAAAGAUGCUUUCAUUUAUUUGCAGAACGUGUCUACCCUGUCAAUGGAUGGUUCAGAAACAUUACAAUUAGGAACGGAAUUCUCAAAUUUGACCCAACUGAACAACCUUACUUUGUAUUGCUCAAAAGUAACACAUGUUACGAACGACAGUUUCAUAGGAUUGUGGCACUCUAGCUUGACAAUACUCAAUUUAAUUGAUUUUGAGAGAUUUCAAUAUGAUCCAGAAUAUUUUGAUCCAGAUACUUUGCAGACGUUGUUCAGUGAUGACGCUUUUCAAAAUUUAAACUCUCUAGAAGUCCUCAGAAUUAUUAACUGCAGAAUUGGAAAUGAAAAUAUGGCUAGAAAAUUUAAAAAAUUUAUCAACUCUUCAAUGCAUACGGUAUACCUUGAGGCUACGCAUUAUAUAAAAGAUUAUUAUAAUCCUAACUCAACUUUUGGAGAUGGGAUUAUAUUUCCCAGUACGAUCAAAUACCUAAGUCAGUUGAACCUUUCGCAUUUCUAUUGGAUUGACAGCACUAUAUUUGCCAUAUCGCCUGGAGUUAUAGCCAGCCCGCAGUGGAGACGCCACAUAAAAUUAAUAGAUUUUUCGAAAAACAUGCUGGGAUGGGUUGGUUGGAGGUUCCCGCUGCUAGAAGCGUCGCGUUUGGAGAAAUUGGAAGAGUUCAGAAUUACAUCUCCCAGCCCAGAAAACGAAGUGUCCUACGUUGAUGUAGGGCUUGACAGUGUCAAGGCAGAUGUACAUCCAUCCUCUUCCCUUUCUCAUCUGGACUAUUACAACAAACAAUCUUUGACUGAGUCAAGAGCUACAAAUACAAAGAGCUAUUUCAAGAGACUAGAAACAAAAAACAGCUCCAUAAGAAACCCUUUGUUUAUAAAUGAUCCAAUUUCUCGAGCUUUGCCUCUAAAAAAUGAUUUUCUUAAUAUGAAAUUUUCAAAUAAAGAAGUAGCUUCAGCUUUUGAACCUAAUGAAUUAUUAUCACAGACAUCACAGACAUCAUAUCCUCAGCUUGAUUUUUUUCCUCAACAAAGUCUCUUACAGUUCAUACAGAAUCCCUUUGAUUUUACGAGCUCCGCUAUUUGGACGUUUAGAUUACCUCCCUCGCUGCGCAGACUUAAAGUCAUGUACACGGUCCAGAGAGACAAUGACUACCUCAACCAAAGUAUACGAUUAUUCCAGUCCGGUGGAGAGGCUGCUAACGUUACACAAAUCUACUUUGUUGGUAACAGCAUAAGUCGAGGAACAGGUACAAUAAAGGGACUGACAAACCUUCAACUUGUUGACUUAUCCGAAAAUGCCAUUAUGGUUGAACCGUACUUUUUCGACGAUUUCCCAUCUCUGAAGUAUGUUAUAUUGAGAUCCAUGAUGAACGAAGACUUCUUUCAACGUACAAGUAUCGACAGAAUCAUUCAGAACAUGCCAGAACUGAGAUAUUUAGAUCUUACAGACAAUAAACUCAACUUUCUUCCUCUAAAUUUAUUUUCCAGAAACUCUCAUAUUACUCAUGUGAUAUUGGCUAAAAAUAGAUUUUCCUCUUUUCCAAUCACGAUGGAUCUGGUUCCUAAUUUAAAACUUCUUGAUUUGUCUGGAAACGCUCUCAGUUAUCUAACAGAUGAAGAAAUGACAGCUCUGACGAAACACUCGGAAAAUGUUCCAGAUUUUUAUUUAGCUCUGACUGGAAAUAAUAUUGUCUGUGUGUGUUCUCAGAUUAAAUUUGUUUUGUGGCUGAACAUCAGCGACUACCUAGACAACAAGGGAAAUUAUACCUGCACAUCCCAAGAAGGACAACUUAUUGAUACUAAUGUAUUAUCACGUGAUGCUUCGGGAUUUUACAGACUAUGUUAUGGCUACAAUUACUUUAUGAUCUCCAUCGUUUUACUGCUCGUCAUGUCCUUCAUCUUCCUGAUGGCCUACCUCGUGCACAGAUUUAGAACCGCUAUAGAAGCUUCUUUGGUUAGGAUCUUCAUCAAGGCUUUUCGACCAAUGAAAUCCAGCGACUACAAGACACACGUUUUUAUUGGCUACGCUGACGAUGAUGUCGGAUUUGUGAGACAUACUUUACUGAGGUAUUUAGAAGAAGAUCUCAAAAUCUCUACAUUUGUCCAUCAUCGUGACCUGGCUCCAGGCUACACUGACCAACAGAUGUUUGAGGCCAUGAGAGACAGUUGGAGGAUACUCUUAGUAAUAACACAUACAUUUUUGAACAAUUACGAACUUUCCGAUAUUAUAAUGAAGUAUGCCAGUCAUUCUAUGAGCCCAGCCAAUGAAAAACGUCUUGUUCUAUUGGUUCAAGAAACUCAGUUGUACAACAUCCCAGGCUCCUUGUAUGAUGUCCUGGAAGACUCACGAAUCAUUGUCAUCUCUGAUCUGUCUGCUCACCUGGACUACGUACACAGACAGGAAAUUAAACAAUGUCUUAGAGAUAUACAAUGAAUAUAAUGAGCAUAUUAGCCUUCAAAGAAUUGCCCAAGCACAGCCAGUUCCUUAAGUAAUGACCAGUUCGUUAAAAAAUGAUAUCUUAUAUAGAACUCCUUAUUAACUGGUACUAUGGCAAUUCAAAGCGUACGAAAACAAUAUAAAAAAUCUGUGUGAAAAAAAACUUCCGUUUUAAGAAGCUAAAAAUUACUUAACUUACUUGUUUCUUCAGUAUUUCACCUAGUCAAACAAACAAAUUUAAAAUCUUUACAAACUUUCUAUUGUUUUGUUAUUACAGAAAGAUAUAUCGUGCUUGUACCUCGCUGUCUCAGCAAAGUUAUCAACAGAGCUAUUGUAAAUGUAAAUCUACAUCUUAUCUUAUCUUAUGCAAUACAUAAACUAAACUUCUGAUUUAGCACUCUUAAGAUCUGUAUCUACUAGAUCUAGAUCUAUAAUAUAAAUUUCGAAUAAUUUAGAUGUAAUUUAGAAUAGAUUUAAUUCUAGAUAAUCUAUCAAUACAAAGAUUUUAAUUAGAAUAUAAAUCCAGAUCUAGUUAAAAAAAUCUAGAUAUACUGUAAAAAAAAAAUAUCUAGAUCUAGUUUAAAAAAUCUAGAUUAGAUCUAAAUCUAGCUAUUAUGUCUUUUUAAAAUACGAGUCAUGAUAACGAGGUUUAAUAAACAUUACUAUACCGAG